AUGGAGCUGGACUACGGUCCCUCAGACGACAUCACUAGCUCGGGAGCUGCCGACCUCAAUCCGAGACUUGCGCCUCACGAGGUGUUCUACGGCAAAGAAGAUGCGGAUGGCAUGUCAGGUGAAGAGGAUGAGGAGGAGCAGUAUGACGCAGAUGGCAAUCCAAUCAAUCGAGCAGCGCUGAGGCUUCAAGAGAGGAGGAGAAGCGAGGCGGAGAGGAGAGGUGCGCGCUUCUAUGCUCUGCCUCAAAAGCACGGAAGCAUCAUGCCUGGCGCUCCUGAUGAGGAGAGCCUCGUGAUGGCCCUGGAGAAGCUAGACUCGGAGCAAGCUGCUGGUGAGUAUCAAGGUCUCAGAGCAGGCUCCUUCGCUGUGCAAUGCUCACCUGGUGUCCGUCAUUAUGCAGAACCGGCUCCGACUGUGCCUGGACCGAUUGGCGGCGGCCUCGAUGUUCGUCUGGUUGCUCUGCAUCUUAGCGGAUCACCGAUCACACAAUUAUCCACUUCUCGACUCUUUGCACUGAUCACGCACUUCGGCGCUGCACCUCUUGGGCUCGAAUGGAUAGACGAUCAAAGCGCUGUAGUAGUCUUCUCCGACGCCAAUUCGGCCCUUGCAGCUCUGCAACUCACGACCUCCGAGAGUGGCUCAGACUCCUCGUAUCCCUCUCUAGACCACGUCGAAGCAGCGGCUCAAAUCCAGCUCCUGCAUGAGCGCGGCGAAACUCCGGCAGAAGAGAUCCCUCAAGAGCUGGUGGACUCGUUACUGCUGCCUCGCAGAGUGCGCAACUUGCCGUUCAAAUUGUACAGCAGCAACGAGAAGGAGACUCUGCUGACCGUUCUCAGGAGUCACAAAGAGGCGGAGAAAAGGCGGGCAGAGCUGCCAGCAGACGCCCCUGCAAUCUAUGCAGAGAUGGCUGCUGAGGAAGAAUCCGCGCUGGAGAAUGAUCCUACACGCCAAGCACUACGAAAGCUUCGUGGUCCGCUCUGGGUUAGAUACGCUUUGGAAAGCAGUGACACCAAAGCCGGCAGACGGCGAGGAGAGCCACGGUCUCCAACGGAUGGGCCGCGACCAGCAGGAGGCAGCACCAGCGAAUGGUAUAGGCAGCAUGGACGGGAUGCGGGCAGAGAAGUGGUGCCCAGGCUUUUGGACAUUGCUCCCAAACGCUCGCGUGGGAGGGGCAACGAAGGUCAGAGCAUGAUCGAUGCUAUGGAUGCAGAGCUUGACGAUUUGAGGAAACGGGAAGGGGACGAUGACGCUGAUCAAUACCCCUUGAUGAGGCUUGGCUCUCGGAUCGACGAGACCUGGCAGCACGACCGAUUUGAUCGGAACGAUCGAGGUCAGCGUUACGAAGAAGGCACUGGUGAACGUAGAAGAGGUCGAGGAGGAUCUAACCGAGCUGCUAUGGACGCGCUGGAUGAAGAAUUGGAGACCUUGCACGACAGAAACAGGGACAGAUCUGCUAGCCCAGUUCGCCGAGCUGAGAGAGCUUCAGAUUCGCCAGCAAGCCACGUUCGUAUCAAGGGUCGAGGGGCCAUGCGAGCCCCCGGUGCGGGUUCCAGAGGCUGGGAUGAUCUGGAUGGAGUCGGCAGAACAGACAUUGGAGGAGACUCGAGGAGGAGAGGCGGGGGUGGGAUGCACGCCGAUGAGUGGGCUGAUCGGCGUAGGGGACGAGGCCGAAGAAGCGGUGGACUCGAUGCUGAUGCUGGAGCGGAUGCCGAGAGGUGGUCGCACAACAAAGAUAGAAGAGGCGGGGGAAUGUCCAAUGCCUCUUCCUUGGCGGAACGAUUCGGCGAUGGAUCGGGAAGACGCUCCAACGGCACCAUCCAAAGUGAGGCUGGACUGGACAGACGAUUGGCAGGUGGAAGACUGUCGGACAGGCUGCAGGAAUCUCUGGAGAGCCGAUUCAAUUAG